AUCAGUGUGACAGAUAUUACAUGGCAAGAACCGAACAAAAUCAAAAAUGGACGAAAACCUGUCAAGAGGCUACGUUCAGCUCAGCAAACAGAGGGCUAGUGUGUCCAGCAUUGGUGGCCAGUCCAGUGAGAGUGGGCAGUCCCCCUCUGGCCUCAAUGUACCCCACGACACCUGCAGCUGCAUCUACCUUGGUCUAAUUCUGGCCGGAGCUGGGUUCUUGCUGCCAUACAACAGCUUUAUCAUAGCGGUUGACUACUACCAAGAUCGUUUCCCCGACACAACAAUAGUAUUCGAUAUGAGCCUUACAUAUAUCUGUGUCGCGUUUGUAAGUGUGUGCAUUAACAAUGUACUGGUGGAACUGCUGAGUCUUCACACUAGGAUUACAGUGGGAUACGUAAUUUCGUUCUUGACAUUGUUAAGUGUGGCGUUAUUUGACGUGUGGUUUGAGCUGCUAACCAGGGACAGUGCCUAUAGGGUCACAUUGGUGGCCGUGGGCACCGUGGCCCUGGGCUGCACUGUUCAACAAUCCAGUUUCUACGGCUAUACCAGUAUGCUGCCCAUGAGGUACACGCAGGCAGUUAUGACAGGCGAAAGUGCAGCAGGCCUUUUGGUGUCAGCAAACCGUAUUGUGACGAAAGCUCUUCUUAAUGAUGAAAAGGUCAACACCAUGAUCUUUUUCUGCAUCUCCGUUGUGACCGUAUUCGCUUGCUUUGUCAUCUUCAACCUAAUCCGCAGGACGGAAUUUGCGAGAUUCUACGAGAAUAUAUGUCGUACAGCUGGCAAACCAGACGAUAAAGUGGGAUUUUCCAACCAGACCGUGAUGCAAGAAGAGGUUGAAAUAGUGGACCAUACAACUAACCAAGGAAACUAUGGGGUUCUGGUCAUCGAGCAUGACGAUCAACCUAGACACGCUGUGUCGUCGUCAUCUUCACGUCAUAGUAUUGCUGAUGACGUCAGAAUCAAGUCUGAACCCUGGACAGUCAGGAGACCUACAACCAUAUGGGCCGCCAUCAAACACGGCGUGGUGCUGCGGAAACGUGCCUCCCGGACCACGUGGCCUUACAUGAUGUCCAUUGCGUUUGCGUACUUCGUGACGUUAUGCCUGUUCCCGGGCAUUGAGUCAGAGAUCCUGAGUUGUAGGUUGGGGAGCUGGAUGCCUGUAGUCCUGAUGGCCAUAUUCAAUGCCUCGGACUUCAUUGGCAAGAUCAUAGCGUCAUUGCCCUACGAUUGGCCCCCUCGUCGUCUCCUGGCCUGUUCAAUCCUCCGUGUGCUGUUGAUUCCGCUCAUGAUGAUGUGUGCCACGCCCCGUCUAGGACCAAUACUGAACGGUGAAGGGUGGGCCAUGCUGAUAUCAUUGAUUCUAGGGGUGACCAACGGUUACUUUGGCAGUGUCCCUAUGAUAUUAGCAUCCACCAAGGUGCCAGAUGAACAAAAGGAGCUUACAGGAAAUAUGAUGACGCUUACCUACAGCAUUGGUCUGACAACCGGAAGUGUCAUGGCGUACGGCUUAGACGAUUGGCUAGGACCUCGCCUUCCGCACGACCCCUGCCUGGUAAACAAUGCCACGCUAGUCGACCUACUCAAUGGAACGAUAUCGAGUUCAUCGUUUGGAUAA